AUGGGAGUUUUAUCAUUAUUUUGUUGUUCUGAUUCAACUGAAGAUAAUGAAGAUAAAAUGCAACAACAACCUCAACUGUCUCAUUCUCAACAAAAUAGACCAAUAUCAAGGCAACAACAACAAUCACAAAAAAAUAAUCAAAUGUCAAAUGGAUUAAAAUCUAAAAAUCAUUCAUCAUCAUCUUCAAAUUCAUUACCAAUAGCAACAAAUGAAAACAACAACAAUAAUAAUAAAACCACUAAUAACAACAACUCAAAACUGAAUAAUAAAAACAAUCAACAACAUUUACAACAACAAAAUCAAGAUGAAAUACUACCAUCAAAAGAAUUAAAUCAUAAUGAAAAAUUACAAAAUCGAAAGAACACCAAAAAGGAUUUAUUAGAUGAUGAUCAUUCAAUUAAUGAAACAGAUACAAUAACAAAUACAAAUGAAGAUUCAAAUAAUCAUACACCAAAAUCAUCACAAAAUGUGCCGCAAGAAUUAACAGAUAACAACCACAACAAAAUAUUAAAUGCAGGUGAUAUAAUAGCACAAGUAAGUCCAAAUGAACAACCAGCUCCAAUCCCCAAUCAAUCACAACAACAACAUCAACCACCACCACAACAACAAUCAGAUGAAGUAGAUACAGAUGUAGAUGAAUAUUAUGAAGAUGAUGAUAUGAAUUCCAAUAAUUCAACAUUAGAUUUAACAAGAUUACAAACAGGUCAAGCACAUAAUGAAGAAACAGGAUCAUUAUUAGGUCAUAAACCAUUAAAAUUUCAACAAAAAAAAUGUCUUAUUUUAGAUUUAGAUGAAACUUUAGUUCAUUCAUCAUUUAAAUAUUUAAGAACAGCAGAUUUUGUAAUACCAGUUGAAAUAGAUAAUCAAAUUCAUCAUGUUUAUGUAAUAAAAAGACCAGGAGUUGAUGAAUUUUUACAAAAAGUUGGGAAAUGGUUUGAAGUUGUUGUUUUUACUGCAUCAGUAUCAAAAUAUGGUGAUCCAUUAUUAGAUAAAUUAGAUUUUAAUAAACUGGUUCAUCAUAGAUUAUUUAGAGAUUCUUGUUAUAAUUAUCAAGGAAAUUUUAUAAAAAAUUUAUCACAAAUUGGUAGACCUUUAAAAGAUACUAUAAUUAUUGAUAAUUCUCCUGCAAGUUAUAUUUUCCAUCCUCAACAUUCAAUACCAAUAAGUUCUUGGUUUAGUGAUACUCAUGAUAAUGAAUUAUUGGAUUUAUUACCAUUUUUGGAAGAUUUAGCAAAACCUGUUGUUGAUGAUGUUGCUUUAGUUUUAGAUAUUUCACUAUGA